AUGCUCGGGGUGGCCGUCGAGGGGCAGGAGCUUGCGGCACCGACGCAACCCGGCACGAGCCCCGAGACAGCCGAGCGACAGCGGGAGGCGAAGCCGGACAUGGCCACCAGCCUCGUAGCCGCCUCUCCGAGGCGCCAGAUCCCCAGCACCCAGUCACCGAGGAUGAUGCGUCGCGGCAGAGACGAGGAGCACGAGGAGGAGGAGGAGGAGGAGGCGUACGAGAAGGUGAAGGAGGGUGAGGAGGAGGCGGAGGAGGCGGUGGUGGUUGAGGAUGAUGAUAAGGAGGAGGGCGAUGAGGGGGUGAACGAUGAUGACGAUCACGGUAGGGGCAGGAGGAGGAGGGAGAGGCCGAGGAAGAGGGGGAGGAUUAGGAAAGUGGGCGAGGUGAGGGCCGAGGGGGAGGCAGUGGCAGCGGUAAAGACGGCGGUGGCGGUGGUGGCGUCGGGGGCGCUCACCGAGGAGCUGGAGGGGAAGGCGUCGACGCCGGGCAACGGUAGGAGGCCGGCGGCUGGGGAGGGGGCGGCCGGGCUCGCCGGCAUGGGCGGUUACUGGAGCACGAGGCAGAGCAGACCCUCCAGUCCCCGCAUGCCGCCCCCGGAGCAGCCGCCGCUGCAGCAGGAGCAGGCGGCGUCGAGCUGCAGGCCCAGGAGUCGUCACGAGCACCAGCAGCCGGCCCAGCCACCAUCGCGAUACAACAAUCUCGGCUACUGGAGAGCGCGCAGGGUCACCUUCUACAGGAAUGGCGACCCCUAUUUUCCCGGCGUCGAGUUCAGGUUCAAGCCCGGGCGGGACAUCGGCUCCCUGGAGGCGCUCCUCGAUCGACUGUCGUUGCGUCUGGAUCUCCCGAGGGGCGCCCGUCACAUAUUCUCCAUGGACGGCGACCGCAAGCUCAACCUCGACGAGCUCGAGGACGGUGCCUCCUACGUCGUCUCCAGCUACAAGACCUUCAAGCACGACCACGGCCGCAACUACAAGGACUACGUCGGCCGCGACAACGACCACGACGACGUUCGUUUUAGGAAGGAGGCAGAUAAGAAGCGACUCCUUGACUGCCCGCGGGAACACUACGAAUAUACCAGAGAAGCCUUUGUCGUAUUGAUGAGCGACUCCUUCGAGGUCAUCUCUUUGCCGGCAGACAUGAUGCAGCCGGCGAGCUACGGUAAGAAGAGCAAUACGUGGUACACGUCGAGCGGGGUUGGCGGUGGGGGUGGCGGAGGCGGUGGGGCAGCGAGGUCCGGGGGUGGACUCGCGGGUGGCGCGAUGCCGGGGGGCGGUGGCAUGGGGGGCUGGCAGAGUCGCAGCACCCCGGCUGGCGCGAGGAAGGCCUCCAUCACCGACGAGGCGCCGCCACCAGGAGGCGGGAAGCCCUCCUCCGGGCGCGUCAUUCGAAUCGUCAACAACCUCGACCACACUGUUCAGUGCCGAGUGCUGCUGAAUUUACGGACAUCGCAACCUUUUGAAGAGGUCCUCGAAGACUUGGGCCAAGUGCUUAAGAUGAACGGAGCCAAAAGAAUGUUCACAGUUUCCGGGCAAGAGGUGCGGAGCUUCUCGCAGUUGCGCAACGAAUUCGCGGACGUAGACACGUUUUACCUGGGUACGGGCGCCGGGAGCAGCGGCAUCGCCACGGCCAUCGGCUCACCAGCGAGGAGGUCGCGCUCCCGAGGGCCACCUGCCGUCGUCGAGGACAUAGGCAGGCAACGAAGGGCUCGAAGCAAGAGCAGACCUCGGGCCCUUUACGCGCCCGAUUCCGAGGUCGUGAGGGUAAACGACUACAGCGUGGUCGAGGUUCUGCGGGAGGAGCCGGCCCGGGUGACGAUUCGCGGCCUAAGGCGCUCGUUCUACCCACCGUCGCACCUACCACCCGUCGACAACUCACCCCCUGACAAGAAGCUCUCCCUCGAGUGGGUCUACGGUUACCGUGGAACCGACACCCGACGGAACCUUUGGGUACUGCCGAGUGGCGAGCUUCUCUACUACGUCGCCGCGGUCGCCGUGCUCUAUGACCGCGAGGAAAACGCCCAGCGGCACUACAUCGGCCACACGGAGGACAUCACCUGCAUGGAGGUGCAUCCGAGCAGGGAACUCGUAGCGUCCGGGCAGCGCGCGGGCAGACACAGGAAGGCGCAGCCCCACGUCAGGAUCUGGUCCACCGAGACAUUACUCACACUCUACGUCUUCGGCAUGACGGAAUUUCAAAUGGGAGUUUCCGCUCUCGCAUUCUCACAACUGAACGGCGGAAGUUACGUCCUCGUCGUUGACGCUGGCAGAGAAUCCAUUCUCUCGGUGUGGCAGUGGCAAUGGGGACAUCUUCUUGGCAAAGUUGCAACCCUGCAGGAGGAUUUGACAGGAGCGGCUUUCCAUCCACUCGACGACAAUCUCUUAAUCACACAUGGGAAAGGUCACUUGACAUUCUGGAAUCGCAGAAAAGACGGUUUCUUCGAACGGACUGAUAUUAUCAAGCCCGAUUAG